AUGCCGUUAACUACUGAGCAGCUCACGUCAACCCUCAGUGAGGCCUUGUUUCAUUAUCGUGAGGUCCUUAACCUCAGAGAGAAGGAGAGAGACGAAGUUCUUCCUUUGAAUGGAAAAUUACCCGCGACGGAGGACGACGAUGCUUUGCAGGCAGAGUUUCGUUACCAGUUGGAGGCCAUGGAUCGCUUUCUCGGCUCCGUAGACGAUAUGGUCGCUGCCCUCAAUAGACCCAACGAGUCGUCUUUAGUAAAGUACCAAGCGCAAAGUCAUCCCAAGUGGCUGGAGCCAUUUAUUUAUCAGAAGGAUGAGUCCUUCGUAAAUCCAUUCACAGGCCUAAUUGUCGAAGCCCCUUCUUCCAACGCCGUCUGCUCAAGACCAGGUCCCUCAAAUAAAGAAGGACCCUUGCAAGAGAUACCAGAUAGCUUUUGGGAGAGCUACGAUCCGAGCUGCAAUCCUUCUCCAGAUGAAGACUUGGCUUCACAAAAAGCAAGCACGGUCCCUUCGCGUUUGAAAGAUGAUUAUAAACCGCGUGACCUAGAAAUUGACUCAGACGGUCGUAUGGAUCCUUAUGAGGCAUCGAUGAGAUCUAGAUCUAUCAACGGAAAUUACUUUCGUCCGCACAUCCCAAGCUCUGGGUUCGGGGAUAUAAAGCGAGAAAACGAUGUUAGUCUCCCAGGUACCUGGGUCAAUAGCUGGUCCAAUUCGACGGACGAAGAGUUCGAUGAAUGUUUCCCAAGGGCACAGGUGCCCGGGUCUUCUAGUAUUUCACGCACUUCGAAGAUCUUGGGCGCAGGCCGCUGGAAGACAUGGACGCCUCGCAUGCACUCCUCCGCCGCCAUUCAGUUGGAAGAAAUUCAGGCAAAGAAAUCCGGUGCCAAGGCUAAAAAUAAACAAAAUGACAUCUCUGAAAAGCCGGCUGAACAAUGGACAACAGCCCCCGAGACGCAAGGAAUUGUAGGUGGGGUUGAGAAGGCAGUCCGCUUCUCACCUCCAACUACACAAUCAAUUGAAAUCGGAGAAGAUGGAUUUCAAAUAUUCAACGAACCUGCCGCUGAACCCCGGGUUACUCGUAAUGGGCCCAGUAUGUCAAAAAAACAUCCAAUGUCUUCUUCAUCCUCAAUAGAGACAUCAAGCUCCGGAGCUUCUUCAACAGCGGAAGCAAAUUGGUGGGCAGAUAAUCAAAGGCGAGCCUCGGGAGUCGAGCUUUUUGAAAACUUCUCUGGUGAAGAAGAAAGAAAUGACCCUGCCUCGGCGAAUAGUCCCUUAGAAGAGCCUACUGAAUCGAAUCGUAAAGGGUUCGAAAUUCCCGAACACCCCCCUCAAUAUGGUUCUCGUGACCAAGUCGCCGCGGAUGAAGCCCUGGCGGAGAGACUGGCAAACUUUCAGGCUGAUUUCCAAAGACCAUCCGAUCUGUUUGAUGAAGAAGAAGAUCGAGAAUCAAACUCCUCUGCGUUCAUGCGUAAACAGUAUCAACAAGAUAGAGAGUUGGCAGAAAUGCUCUCUGCAGGCUUAGACCCAGAUAUGGAUCGCGAAACUCUGGAGUUGAUAAAAAGACUUUCAGGAGAUUCACCUCAAGACUUCCACUCAUUUCUUGACCAAGAAGCUGAGAGUGAAGCCCUGAUCGCUGAGCUUUCUGAUUCACAUGUAUUACGAGAUUGGGAAUUGGCUAGGCAGCUGGCCGAAGACACGCCACAAGAUAUGGAAGAGCAUCUAAGACAGCUUAAAGAACAGGAGGAGUACGCACGCCUUGCACAGGAGGCCUGGGAUGAAGAUAUCAGAAAAAGAGAAAGAGAAGAACUCGCCGUAUUAGCUGAGAUGGCUAGGUUAGAAGAGCUGGAAAUACUGGAGCAAUUGCGGAGAGAGCGCAUGGCAGACUGUACUGCAUGCUCGGAAGAGGGCGAAAAAGCAGAAAUGGCAAUGUUGUCUUGUAGCCAUGGGUACUGCACGGGUUGCAUAAAGGUCGCUUUUGAAGGCGCAUUAAGGGAGAAGAAACCGUUUAGAUGCUGCGACCAGGUCCCCAUAGAUUCUAUCGCGGCACACUUCACUCAAAACUUUGUCAGAGAUUAUAACGAUCUCAUGCUUGAGCUUAAUACUCCGAAUGCUCUCUAUUGCUCGGCGAGAAACUGUUCAAAAUUCAUUCCCCCCACCAGCAUACGAGCCGAUACUGGGACAUGCCGCGCUUGUAACAGUAAUACGUGUAGACAUUGUCGGUCUCCUUCGCAUACCGGUAUCUGUCCAGCGGAUGAGGAUUCAACUGUAGUUCUUGGCUUGGCGAAAGAGAAGGGAUGGAAACCCUGCCCCGGUUGUCAGAAUAUGAUUGAAAGAGUUGAUGGUUGUUUACAUAUGACAUGCACUAGGUGCCCUAACCGUACAGAAUUUUGCUAUAACUGUGGAAAGCUCUAUAGUAUUUGCCCUGCCACCUGUAGCAGGUAA